UCUCGGCUGAUCUCUCGCUGAUAUUCGGCCACAGUCGGUUCCAGGAGACAGGGGCAGCCAAGAGACGCACCGGGAUCGACUUGGCUCUGCGGGAUCAACGACCAAAAAAAAAAGAAGAAAAAAAUACUUAAAUCAAACGAACAAUGAACCGCAUCGAGUGAAGGCUCGUGACAGACCUGCGGCCGAGUUGACUCCACACACUGCCACGUUAACAAAGCUGUCGGGUGAUACGGUCCAGAUCUGAGGCUGUGUCAUUGAGCAGGCAGGACACGUCAGGAGAAAAGGGAGAGAGAGAGAGAGAAAAAAAAAGGAGCUGACCGACUGCACUGUACGAGUCAGCCUUCAAACCCGCCCGUGGAAAGCUUCCCCUGCCUGUUCCACGACAACACCUCGCUGUCAGCCGGAGGGAAGCGUCUCGACAAAGACAACCGGUCGAAGGUGGUGAUCAGAAGGACCGAACGAUCACGGGAUAGCAUUUGUGUGUGGGGGGAGAAAACAAAUGGGGGAUUACGGGUUCGGAGUCCUAGUUCAAAACAACACUGGCAACAAGUCUGCAUUCCCGGUCCGAAUCCACCCGCAUCUGCAGCCCCCACACCACCACCAAAAUGUGUCGCAGAGCCCUGCUGCCUUCAUAAACAGCACCACAGCCGCAGGGAAUGGCACCACGGGAGGCUCUCCCUGGCUCUUCCCUGCCUCUGCCACCCACAACAGUGUGCAAGACGAAAUCCUGGGGGGGCCGGAGAAGCCCAAAGCACAGCAGCAACAGGAAAUGCAGGAAACGCAAGAAAAGCAGCAGCAGUUGUCCCCUGGGAGUCACCAGGACGGUGGAGGCGGCGGUGGGAUCAUUUCAGAACUGGAAAAGGCCCGGUCAGAAGAAGGCAAGACAGACAACGGUGUGUCUGAAGGUAGUAACGGAAAGGAGAAGCAGCUACGUCUCGAGUCUCCAGUCCUGGCAGGCUUUGAUUACCAGGAAACGUCUGGUCUCGGGGGAACCGGGCAAGUCCAGUCCAGUGGAACCUCGUCAUCGCUCACUGGCUUCAACAACUGGUCGGCUGCCAUUCCACCGGCGCCAUCAACCAUCAUCAAUGAGGACGUGAGCUUCUUCAACCCGGCCUCUGCCAACAACGGCCCCCUGCUGUUCCAGAACUUCUCACACCAUGUCAGUCCAGGGUUUGGUGGGAACUUCUCCCCCCAGAUAGGACCGGCGGCGGCCUUGUCCCAGCACCACGCGGCUCCCCCGCCCCACCCCCACUUCCAACACCCUCACAACCAACACCAGCAGCAUCGACGCUCGCCGGCCUCUCCACACCCUCCACCGCCCUUUCCGCACAGGAAUCCGGCUUUCAGCCAGUUGCCGCAUAUGUCCAACAGCCUGAACAAGCCCCCGUCCCCCUGGGGUCCUGCCAGCUACCAGAGCCCCUCUCCCUCCCCCGGCUCCUCCACCUCCUGGAGUCCCGGAGGAGGCUACAGUAGUGGUGGUGGUGGUGGCUGGGGAGGAUCUCAAGGCAGAGAUUAUCGCAGAGGGCUGAACGGUGGGAUGACCCCCAUCAACUCGAUCUCUCCACUGAAGAAGACGUUCCCUAACAACCAUGUGGCAUCCCAGAAGUACCCUCGAAACAGUCCCGCAGGCUUCAACCCCAAGUCCUGGGUGGACGAAGGAGUUGGCCGCAGUGAUAACAUCUUCCCCUUUCAGGAACGCACCAGGUCCUUUGACAGCUUCAACAUGAACACUCUGGAGAGCUCCCUGAUCGACAUCAUGAGGGCUGAGCAGGACACCCUGAAAGGUCGUCUUGGGUUCCCUCAUCCAGGCGGAGACAACCCCCUGCCCCUCAAUGGCCACUCCUCUCUCUUCCCCAUGGAGGAUGGUUUCCCCGAUGACGAUCGUGGUGAUCAGGGUCUCGCUGGACUCGGAUCCCCACACUGCUUCCCGCAUCAGAACGGCGAGCGCGUCGAACGCUACUCACGCAAGGUCUUUGUCGGAGGACUGCCCCCAGAUAUAGAUGAAGAUGAGAUUACAGCCAGUUUCCGGCGUUUUGGACACCUGUUUGUGGACUGGCCUCACAAAGCUGAGAGCAAAUCCUAUUUUCCACCCAAAGGAUAUGCCUUCCUGCUGUUCCAGGAUGAGAGCUCAGUGCAGGCUUUGAUCGAUGCCUGCAUCGAGGAGGACGGCAAGCUGUACCUCUGUGUGUCCAGCCCCACCAUCAAAGACAAGCCGGUCCAGAUCCGCCCGUGGAACCUGAACGACAGCGAUUUUGUCAUGGACGGAUCUCAGCCUCUGGACCCGAGGAAAACCAUCUUUGUGGGAGGUGUCCCUCGUCCGCUCCGAGCAGUGGAGCUGGCCAUGAUCAUGGACCGCCUGUACGGUGGAGUUUGCUACGCUGGCAUCGACACCGACCCGGAGCUGAAGUACCCGAAGGGAGCGGGGCGGGUCGCCUUCUCUAAUCAGCAGAGCUACAUUGCUGCUAUCAGUGCUCGCUUUGUGCAGCUGCAGCAUGGAGAAAUCGAUAAACGGGUGGAAGUGAAGCCAUACGUGCUGGACGACCAGCUGUGCGACGAGUGCCAGGGAACUCGCUGCGGCGGCAAGUUUGCACCGUUCUUCUGCGCCAACGUCACCUGCCUGCAGUACUACUGCGAGUACUGCUGGGCGGCCAUCCACUCGCGUGCCGGCCGGGAGUUCCACAAGCCCCUGGUGAAGGAGGGCGGCGACCGGCCCCGUCACAUCUCCUUCCGCUGGAACUGAGCAGACGACAGAGAGGGAGAGGGAACGGGGGAGCAGGAGGGCAGGUAGUGCAGGAGUCGCAAAUCAUUGUACAAAUAAAUGCACUUUUCUGUUGCUGGUUCCUUUUCGCUCUAAUCUUCACCAAACCUGUUUUUAUUUCUCAUUUCUCUUUUUUUUAAGUUAAUAUAUAUCUAUAUUUUGAAGAUAGAAAAGAAAAACUGGAAUUAUACCCGAAUAUGUCCAGCAAGGAAAAAAGAUGUGUAACAUCAUUUUAUUUAUGCGUUUGAUUUUUUGAAAUAUUUUUAUUAGUUCUCAAAAAAAAAAAAUCAUAUAUAGGAAGGUUUGAGGUGUGAAAUGGUACUCUGCUAUUCAAUUGGAUUUAGUUUUGUUUUUCUAAACCAUGUAUUUGAUUUUGAUACAAGAUGUCCCGAAAAAAACAAAUACUCUUCAUGUGACAUUUGGUUCUUUUGUAGCAGAGCUGUUGCUUUUUGUUUUGUAUCGAGUCUCCGAAGCAGCAUCUCAUUGGCUGUUUGAUCUCUGAGAGGUGCGAUCACGUUUUCUAUUGAUACAAGAGGCUCCAGAGCAAAUGUGAAUCGAAAAAGGUGUUGCUAAAGAAGAGUGCACUUAUUUCCAGUUUGUAAGAGUGCAGAUACACUUUACGAGACCCUUAGUUGCUAACCAAAGCUGAAUCUUUAAUUAACUUUGAAAAACACAGAGGGCCCACUGCAGAAAAAAGAAAUCCAUUUGUUUUUCUCUCUCCCAAAUCAAAACGUUUUUAACCUCUUUUUUAUUUUAUUUUUUUAUUAUAAUUUCCAAGUCCACACAGAUGUUUUGAUGUUACUUGAAAAAAAUCGCAAAACAACAUUUUUAGCAACACAUAUUUGGGUUUUGAUCUCCAGUUUGACAUGCAAAAACUAAUACCUCAAACUCAGCUGCUAAUGUGCCGAAUACAGGUUAAGGAAGAGAGCGAAAGAAGGAAUGAAUGAAAGAAAGAAGGCGAGCAUCAUCACCUGCUGCUGUUCUCCUUUCCCUCAGAAGCGUUAAUCACAGGGAAGUGACACAACAGGCAGUGUGUGACGGGACUGGUACCGUUUUGUACUCGCUUGCUUCAUAACCUCCUUAUUUUUGUAAUCAAGCCGAGGGUUGUGCGAGGGACUGAGCAUCGUACAGCAUCCAGUGUAUUAGGGGAAUGUAUGGCGUACUAGUGAGGCUACAGGGGAAGACAGGCUAACUGCUACACAGAUAAAUCCAGCCCCCACUCCCCCACUCCCCCCCUCACGUCUGCCUGUGGCCUCUGCUGCUAAGCUAGCAGCUAACAGAAGGUAUAGGGCCUCGUUCGUGGAUCAAAACCCACUUUCUGUGUCUGCCCACAGCAGAGCUCGGAUACAGAUCUUUCAGGACCGAGGUUUAGGUAACUCCUCGACAGGGCCGGUCAAAUGGCCGCCUUUUUAUUGCAGUUUUCACGGGGGAGGGGCCGCCGCCAAUCGGUAGUCGCCUUUUCGUUAUAUUUCUUUUUUUAUCCAUUUGUGCAAUUCUCCCAAGUCUUUGACAAAAAGAAAACAUUCUAGUGCGCAUCCAACAGUCCGCUACAUGUAACGAAAGAAGCAGUUCAAACUGAUUUCCAAAUAGUCGGCACACAUUUGAGUCGUGGAGGGUUGUGGCCUUCUGGGGCGAAACCCUCUAUCCUUUCUCCUGCCAAGUUAGUCCAACUCAGCAUCCAGUGUUUUUGAAGCAUAAAUGAAGAUAGUCUCUGCAGUGUGCUCUGCUACUACACACUCGUGACCCACGUGCAGUCCGCUCUUGAUAGCAGUGUCGCAGGUCCAGUCGGUUGUACCCAGUGGCUUUUGGGAACCAAAGAUGGCUGUGCAGUAGUGGCGUCAUACUGUAGCUCAUUUCUUGUCUUGAUUUUUUUUACUCUUUAUUUCCUUUUUUAAUUUCCUCCAGGAGGUUUUUUUUUUUUUUCAACACAAACCUUUUUCAAAAUAAAAUAUGUCACUUCUGCCCAGUUUUACUUCGCUGUCAAGCCCUGAUGAGAUCCAGCAAACCAAAGAUUGGCCUUGGAACAUGAUAUAUUUAUAUAUACACACACGGUAUAUAUGUAUUUGACGGUGCAGACAAAACCCAUUAAAACACCAGAGGAAAACCACACAGGGCUUGCAGGCGCACACACACAUAAGGCGUCACACUCUCCAUAGCUCAGAGUGGAGGUGCACACCGGUCGGCGUAAGUUAUUUCUUUCAUUUCAAAUAGAUCUGCACGUUUGGGACAAUUCAACAUCGAGUGCACAUUCACGCAGCGAAAAAGUAAAACCAAUCCUCAGUCGUUUGACACGUUAGGUCACUCAGUGGCAUCCUCACUAGCCGAGCAUUUAAACAUGGCAGGGAGUCAGUACAGAAACUUGAUAAUACACACUAGUGAGAAUCCUCAUAUCGGCGUGGUGUCGUCGCACCAGUUUUGCACCCUGGACAUUCGUUUUGUGGGUUUGGUGGGUGAGCAUUUUAGAAGUUAAAACACUUUGUGAAGAAUUUGCUGUUAAAUGAGAUGAAAAAAAAAAAAAGAUUAUUUUAUACAUGGCCUGCUGAUUUUUGGUACAGUGUUUUCUAGCUAAAUUAUUUUGUCAUGCACAUAUAAACAUUUAUUAUGCACUACUUUUCUAAAUAUUUUUUCUUUUUCCAACAGUCAUUUUAGGCACAUUUUUCACAAAUGGGGAAACUCCUUUUUGCAAUACCUCAAUUUUUCACAUUGUGAAAGGUAGCUUUUGUACUUUUGUUACUGAGAGAUCUGCAUAUAUGGAAAUGUUCAUUUUAAGAAAAAAAAAAAAAAAGUUGAGUGAUUUCAAUAUAUAUUAUUUUCAAUUAUGCUUUUUAUACAUUUCAGUGCUGAGGAAUCUUUACAACUAAGUGCGCACUUGUGUUGAUGCGACUUCCGAUCUGCAGAGGAGAGACCAAAGUGUAUCGCUGUCUUGGUCUUAGCUUUUCGUACGCUAGAUGUUUCCAGUCAACCUGGUCAAUAACGGCAUGGCGAGAAAUAUAUAUAUAUAAAGGAAAAAGAAAAAAAAAUUGUAAUUUGAAAUUGAUGUUAACGUCUCUAAACAUGGAUAUACUAGUUGGAAAUGGUAACUUCUGUCUUGGUUUCCUCUCCGUAGAUGGAGCAUAACUUAUUAUAAGGAGAAUGCAAAUUCGGUUCACGCUUAACGCGGAAUCUCGUAUCACAAGGAUGGAUGUUUGGUGUUUAGAUAUUUUAAUAUUUGAAAAAAAAAGUAUAUAUAUAUAUAUAUAUAUAUAUUCUUGAACUUGCCAACUAGCACCUAUUGUAAUCCGUAGCAUGCAUGACAAAAAAAAGAGAAAAUGACAAGUACAUGAAUUAGCUAUUAAAAUUAAUUGUUGUGGUGUGCACCAAAUGUUUCUCAACUAUUAAGUUGUUAAGGACACCCCACCCGAUCCCACUCUCACCUCACCUCACCCUCGACCCCACCCGACCCACUCGACCCCUGCUCCCUUUCGACACGUGUUGAUCUCCUCUCCCCCCCAAUCGCAGACCUCUGCAGGAUGCACAUGACAAGAGAUAAGAUAUAAGACGAGAAACAAGACAGAAUCUCACUUUAAAUCGAUUUUUUGGGGAGUGCAUGACUCUGAGCAUCCUUAUAAGAACACUGUUUAAAAGACUUGAGAACUCAUCCCCGCUGUCUGUUGAGGCGAUCUUAUAUAGACCUAUCUGGAGGAAGGGGAGCUUAAAGACUUGAAUGUGGUAAAUGUUGCAAGUUAACUUCAAGUUGUUAUGUGCAAUACUUCUUUUGAACCUUUUUCCAGAUAAAGACUCUUUGCAAUGUAAUUCUUUAAUGCCAUUUUUAAUUGCAGACAUUUAAUUAAAGAAGAUGUUAAUAUGUUUUUCACAGUCAUUUUCUACUGUUAUUGUAAUCCUUUUCAUGCUGGUGUUUGUAAAAAAGAAAAGAAAUCAAACUAUUUGUACUAAUAUAAAUAAUUGAAGUUAUUUUUAAAACAUUAAAAGGUUUUGUGCUCAUUUGCUUAUUUUGUUUAUUUUAAGCUACUGUGAUUGAUUGCAUUGUAAUUAUUAGGUCAACAAUGUAUUUAGCUGUUUAUUGGUAUAUUUUUAAUUGGAAUGUAUAAUUGAUUUUUAUAAUUUUGAUCAGAUUUUUGUUAUAUUUUUGAGGUGAAGCUUUUAAUAUGUUAAAGUGUCUAGUUUUUACUAAUUGCUAUAUUGUGCUCCACAAUAUAUGGUUCACAUUUUCUGAAGGAAAAUAAAUAUUUAAAUAUUUGUCUGUUGUUACUUAAUGGCAAGAUUUCAAUAGUUUUUAACUGUGUAUGGGAAGGUUGUUGUAUUUAUUAAUAGCAUUUUUUUACUUAAGAUAUCACCUUAAUUUUUAUUGUCAUUUCACUUUAUAAGUUCCUAUUUUUGUAUUUUCAUUUCUAAUUAAGUUAUGUAAUACGGAUAUGUCCAUAUUUCUAGGAGUUGGUCUGUAGAAGUGCUAGUGAAACGAAAAAGAAAAAUCUAAUGUUAUUUAAUUGUUUGCAGCCAACUAUUUAUAACAGUAUGCAUAAUUUUUAAAUAUUUGUAAUGUGAAAUGUUGAAUGAAAUAAAUCUUAACUGUGAUGAAAA